AUGAAUCAAACCGUCACAAGGCUCGCAAAACAAACCCGCCAACUCUUAACCCAGCUCGGAAAACUAACAAGCUACCCAACCUCAAUCCGCCCAUCGAGAUCAGAAAUUCAAAAUGCACGUCUAUCACCUCAGAACCUGGAAGUCGCAAUCCGCAGCCUGCACCGCGAUGGUCUCGUCGUCGUCGAAGACGUCAUCCCGCACGACUGCCUCGCCCGCCUCAACGAGAAAAUGGUAAAAGACGCCUACGCCCUCCAGUCCAGGGAAGACGAUAGCCCGUAUAACUACAACCCGGGGAAUAUUCAGCAGGACGCACCACCUGUUAGUGAGCACUUUGAUAAGAAUAUAUUCAUGAACCCCAUCGCCACCCAAAUAACAUCUACAGCCCUCGGCCCCCGUCCAAAAUGGACUUUCUGCUCGGGAAACACCGCAAUGCCACCAACAGCCACAGCACCCCCAAUGUCGCAGCCUGUGCACUCAGACGCAGACUUCGAACAUCCAGUACACCCAUUCGCAUACGUGAUCAAUGUGCCAUUGAUUACCAUGACGCCGGAGAAUGGCUCGACGGAGGUAUGGCUGGGCACGCACACGGAUACAGGACUACACGUGCAGGAAGGUCUGCAUGGGGAACGGGCGAGUGGACGAAUUAAGACGGAUGAGCUUGAGGCUCGUCGCGCUGUAAGGCCGCCUUGCCAGCCUGUUGUGCCCAAGGGCUCGCUUGUGGUGAGGGAUUUGAGGCUUUGGCAUGCGGGUAUUGGGAAUCAGACGGAGAUUGCGAGGGUUAUGCUGGCCAUGAUUCACUUUGCGCCAUGGUAUCGGAACCCUAUGAAGUUGGAGUUUUCGGAUGAUUUGAAGGAGACCAUUCGAGGGCAGAGCGAGCUUGAGGUUCCAGUGGACUGGGUUAGUCGGGAGGAGGCUUUGUCGCGUUAUUUGAAUCGGGGGUUUGGUAAUGCUUAUGACUUUAACCAGAGUGCAUGA